GAUUUGCAUGAGUUCUCGUGCAGCGGCGGCCCGGGCUCAGUUGUCUGUGCAAGCAAGAGCAGAGAGCCGGCGGGCGCGGGCAGCGGCGGCAGCCAGGCUGUUGAGGGGCGAGUGGAGGCGGCGGGGGCAGAGCGUGUGGCGAGGUCCACGCGCAGGACCACAUCGGGGCGCCUGCGGGAGCCAGCUGUGUCUGCAGCCGCACCGGCCGCUCACGUCCCGGCGCGAUCGGGCUCGGCCAUGGAGCUGCCAGCUGUUGGCGAGCACGUCUUCGCGGUGGAGAGCAUCGAGAAGAAGCGGAUCCGCAAGGGCAGAGUGGAGUAUCUGGUGAAAUGGAGAGGCUGGUCCCCCAAAUAUAACACGUGGGAACCAGAGGAGAACAUCUUGGAUCCCCGGCUGCUGAUAGCCUUCCAGAACAGGGAACGGCAGGAGCAGCUGAUGGGAUAUCGAAAGAGAGGGCCCAAGCCCAAACCGCUGGUGGUGCAGGUACCCACCUUUGCCCGCCGCUCCAAUGUCCUGACAGGGCUUCAAGACUCCUCCGCUGACAACCGUGCCAAGCUGGAGUUGGGCACACAGGGCAAGGGCCAGGGGCACCAGUAUGAGCUCAACAGCAAGAAGCACCAUCAGUACCAGCCGCAUAGCAAGGAGAGAUCGGGUAAGCCGCCGCCACCAGGGAAGAGCGGCAAGUAUUACUAUCAGCUGAACAGCAAAAAGCACCACCCCUACCAGCCAGACCCCAAAAUGUACGACCUGCAGUACCAGGGUGGCCACAAGGAGGCACCCAGCCCCACCUGCCCAGACCUGGGCGCCAAGAGCCACCCUCCUGACAAGUGGGCCCACGGAGCUGCAGCCAAAGGCUACCUCGGGGCAGUGAAGCCCCUGGGGGGAGGGGCAGGAGCUCCAGGCAAGGGCUCGGAAAAGGGCCCUCCCAACGGCAUGACACCAGCCCCUAAGGAGGCAGUGACCGGUAACGGCAUUGGGGGCAAGAUGAAAAUCGUCAAGAACAAGAACAAGAACGGGCGCAUCGUGAUCGUGAUGAGCAAGUACAUGGAGAACGGCAUGCAGGCGGUGAAGAUCAAGUCGGGCGAGGCGGGCGAGGGCGAAGCGCGCUCCCCUAGCCACAAGAAACGCGCUGCCGAGGAGCGCCAUCCCCAGGCCGACAGGACUUUUAAAAAGACGGCCGGCGGUGCCGAAGAGAAGAAAGCUGAAGUGCCCUGCAAACGCAGGGAGGAGGAGGCUCUGGUGUCGGGGGACCCUCAGCCCCAGGACCUAGGGCCCCGAAAGCUCUCCCCGACCAAGGAGGCCUUUGGUGAGCAGCCGCUGCAGCUCACCACCAAGCCGGACCUGCUGGCCUGGGACCCAGCCAGGAGCUCACACCCACCCACUCACCACCACCACCACCACCAUCACCAUCACCACCACACGGUGGGCCUGAACCUCUCCCACGCGCGCAAGCGCUGCCUCUCUGAGACCCAUGGCGAGCGUGAGCCCUGCAAGAAGCGGCUGACGGCCCGCAGCAUCAGCACGCCGACCUGCCUCGGGGGCAGCCCGGCCUCAGAACACCCCGCCAACGUGUCCCCCACCGCAACGUCUCUGCCGCAGCCCGAGGUCAUCCUGUUGGACUCGGACCUGGAUGAGCCCAUAGACUUGCGCUGUGUCAAGAUGCGCAGCGAUGCUGGGGAGCCUCCCAGCUCUCUCCAGGUGAAGCCUGAGGCUCCGGCUGUGGCGGCGGUAGUGGCGCCGGCCACUGCAACGGAGAAGCCUCCGGCUGAGGCCCAGGACGAGCCCGCGGAGCCCCUGAGCGAAUUCAAGCCCUUCUUUGGGAAUAUAAUUAUCACUGACGUCACGGCGAACUGCCUCACGGUCACUUUCAAGGAGUACGUGACGGUGUAGUGGGAAGGAGUCGCACCCACUGGGACUCAGCGCCUGCAAUCUCGCAGAGGCUCCCAAGGAGAAGACGCCCCAGCCAGCCGCGACGGCCAGGGCCUCUGCUCACUCCCUGGGAUCCCGACUGAGUUGUCCUUUUCUCACAGUCUCCUUCCACUCGGUGCCUGCGGCCUUGCCGCCACCUCCCCUUCCCUGUAGGAGACCCUAGCCCUGCCCGUGGACCUCCAGAACUGACCCUGCAGCCCCGAGGCGGUCUCAGAGUUAUAGUAUUAUAUUUUAACCGUGCUAACUUGUCAAGUGCUGACUCUUCUCCGGUUUGUACGUGGUGUUAUUCUUGAAAUGUAUUGUUUGAGCUCAGAAGGCUCGACCACCCCCCCUUCGGGCUGAUAUAUAUAUAUAUAUUUAUUUGUAGGUAUUUAUAUAUUGAAAUAUAAAAACCUAGAUUUAUGGAGUUUCCUCUAGAUCAUGUUAUAUUCUAUAUCAGACAGACUAUUUUCAGUUGUCCUUUUCUUCUCCCUUCAUCCAGUAUUUUGAUUUCAUUUCCUCCUCUCCAGGAACUUCGACACCAGUAACCUUGGUAUAUAUUUUUUGAUACUGUACACAUGGGUGUGUUGUUUCUAUGUGCAAAAAAAAAGUUUGUUAAAAGGCUAAAGAGCUCUCUAGAACCUGCUGCUAUAGAAAUGUCUGAACUAUAAGCUUCCAAUUAUUACCUGCUUGAAUGUAAAUAUUAAAUGGAGAUGUUGAAGGUGCAAUA